AUGUCCAAAAGACUUGAAGAUCGUGUGAUGUUGAAGAAUUAGAAUCCAAAUUACCUGUUGGAUUCAAAUUAUCUUGAUCGGAAAAAGCAAUUCAAUUUUAAUAUUUACGAUCGACAAUCGCCUGCAGAGCGUAAAUCUACUGACAGUGGAUAAGGGCGAUAUUAUAACUCAUAUUACUAAAGACCAAUGCCCUAGAGAUCACCUGAUGAAUAUAAGCCCUUUGCUAAUCAUUAAUUGAGUAAGGUGCCUUCAUUUUUGAAUUAUGAUAAAGGUGAAAAACCUAAACGUUUUCCUUCGAAUGAUAUUCAACAACAAGUGAACUCAUUUUAAUAUCUGCCUAAAUAAUAAUACUCGUCUAUGCAUGAUAGGGAGCAAUCUUAAAAACGAAAGUUUUAUUUGAAUGACAUAGUCUAAGUGUAGAAGAGACAAUAAAGUCCAACUGCUUUUUCAAAAAAAUAAAGUCUUAUAGAUGUGGAUAGAACUUGGAUGUUUGCUAAUUAAUAAUAGCAUUCCUUUUUCAGUCCUAAAAAUAAUGAGUAGCCAAAAUUAUCCAAAAAUGCUAGCGAUUACAUUUCAAAUUAUAGACCAUUCACUUCUUUAGAUGUCCAAAAUGAUAAAAACAUGGUGAAAAAUCCAUCAUAAAAACUGUAGCCUUAUUUGAAUAAUAAUUCAAAGUUUGAUAUCGAGAAACUCAGAAUGGAAUUGGAGUAGUACAAGAGAAACAAUAAAAGCAGAGUAGGAGAUGGGAUAUCAAUCUUAAAAAAUAGAGAAUAAAAUAAGGAUCAUUCUAGUACAUACAUUAGAAGAGAUGUUUCACCUAAAUUAAACUUUAACUACAUAAAACCCAAAGCUGAAGAAUAGAACAAGGACAUUUUAUUUAAUUACAGAUAACAGAAACAGAAUUCUCCUCCGAAACAGGUUCAGAGUUUAAAAGCUUCAAGGUCGGAAUUAGGGAACCCCAAGAAGCAGCCAUUUUAGUUAAUAUACUCUAAAAAUGAUCAAUAAGGAAUUUUGUCGGAGAAUUAGAGAUUCCUAUAGGAUCGUAGAAAGACUCCAGAGACCAAUAGAGUGGAGGAGUUGAGAAAGUAGUUGUAUAGCACUUACAAGCCAUCUAAUAGAGAACUGUUUUUUGAAUCGCUCAAUAAGUCUACGCCUUAUAAUAAGAGUAAUGUUCUGUAUUGA